AUGAAUCGACACUUCUGUUUGUAUGCGAUCCUGCUGAUAGUUUGUCUGGUGUUUUCCUUCUCGACCGUGAAGGCGCGCAUCCCAUCCUCGCGGUCGUCCCCUGGGGCUUCGGGGGAUCGCGAGGGGGUGGAUUACUACAAGGUGCUCCUGCUCGACGACAAACGCGAGGCCGCGACGGAGGCCGAGAUCAAGCAGAGCUUUCGCCGGCUUUCCAUGCAGUACCACCCCGACGUCGCGAAGACGGCGCAGGACCGACUUCGGUAUGGUGAAAUCAACCACGCCUAUGAGGUGCUUUCGAAUCGGCGAAAACGCAAGAUGUACGACCUACGUGGCGAGGCGGGGCUUGAGCAACUCAAGCAGGCAUCCGCCGCGGGGGAGCGUGGGGGGGGGAUGAAUCCCUUUGCGCAUCUCUUCGGCCUCGGAUCGGGCCAUUCCCUUUACGGACCUAAGCAGGAGACCGUUCUGGAGGUCGACCUGUCCGUGCUCUUCACCGGUGGGGUGGGGGUCGUCCAUCGCGAGAAGCAGGUCGUGUGCACGCGGUGCAAGGGCAGUGGGGAUGAUUUAACAUCCCCUAUUCUCCUCUGCCAGCACUGUCAAGGGCAUGGGGUGGUGGAGCAGCGACUGAUUUUGGGGCCGGGGAUGUACCAGGACAUCCGACAGGUCUGUCCUCACUGUGAGGGGAAUGGGAAGAAAGCACUGCGGCGCUGUCCGGUUUGUCGUGGUCGAAAAGUAGCCCCCCAAAAGGUGGACUUGAAGGUGGAUAUCGAGGCCGGGACGCCGGAAAAUCACCCGAUUGUGUUCGAAAUGGAAGCGGAUGAAUCGCCCGACCUUAUCCCGGGUGACUUCGUCGUGCGUGUUCGCUCUCGGCCGCAUCCUCAGUUUACACGGAUGCGGAAUGACCUUGAUCUGGAGAUGUCCUUAUCGAUCAGUCUGAAAGAGGCUCUUUUGGGAGUUUCAAGAGAGUUUAAAAAUUUAGACGGCAAAGAGAUGGUUAAAUUAAGUAGGCCAAAUAUCACUCCAUACGAUACUGUAAUUAAGAUACCUGGAAAGGGAAUGCCCCAACUACACCUGCCGUCAGAGCGAGGGGAUCUAUAUGUGAAGAUGAAAUUCAUGAUGCCCUCCUCCCUGUCUACAAAGCAAAGAGAGACGUUUGAAAAAUGUCUUUGA